AAAGGCCGCCAUGACGCUCACCUCCCGGGCUGUAGGUGGCGCAAACGUGGCGGCGCGGCGACGGCUCAGUCAGGGGUAGUACAGGCGCAAUAAGUAGAGCUCCGAGCCGGACUCGGGAUGGGCGAUCGAUUGCUUCAGCCUGGUGACGUACUUUAGGGGCGUCCGUGGGGUCGUCUGUCAGCGCAGUUGAUGCACGAUGGCGCCAGUGAGGCCGGAGGCGAAGCUGCGGAAUAGAGGUUUGGAUUCGCGAGGCGAGGGGGCAUCUCAAGUCGGAUUCAAGAAUAAGAAUGUGCAGCGCAGGACUUGGUGGCCUAACCAUCCACAGGCCUUCGUGGGAAGCGUUCGCGAGGGACAAGGCUUUGCAUUUCGGAGAAAACUGAAGAUUCAGCAAAAUUACAAGAAAUUGCUAUGGAAGGAAAAGAAGGCUGGAACAUCACAGGAAUCCCAAUUCACAGAUCACUACCCAGAUCACUUGAAACAUCUCUAUUUAGCUGAAGAGGAAAGACUUAGGAAGCAACUAAAGAAAAGAAAACAGCCUUUGUCAGAAGAAAGAGUCAACCAGGCUUUGCCUGAAGAACAGUGUAGAGUUGACCAUGCUUUGUCUGAAGAACAAUGUCAUCAGCCUCAGCCAGAAGAGCAGCGUAGCAAAACAUUAAAUUCCAUGACUGUUCCAAAGAAAAAGAAAACAUCCAAUCAGAAAGCACAAGAAGAAUAUGAGCAGGUACAAGCUAAGCGUGCUGCUAAGAAACAAGAAUUUGAGAAGAGAAAACAAGAGAGAGAAGAAGCUCAAAGGCUCCACAAAAAGAAAAAAAUGGAAGUGUUCAAAAUAUUGAGCAAAAGGACUAAAAAGGGCCAGCCGAACUUGAAUUUACAAAUGGAGUAUCUUCUUAAAAAAAUACAAGAAAAAAGUUAAAUAAGACAUUUUGUCCUUUAGGGUAAAAAUACCUAAUGAAUGUCUACUGUGUUCUUAUGUAUAGGAAAUGGAUAGUCCCUCAAAAAGCCAAAUUUAUCAACAUAACAUGAACUGCUAAGAUGUGCGAAUAUAUUUUUUCUUGUAAAAGAAAAAUUUUACUAUGUAUAGUUGAUGUAAUAUGGCUGGUUUUAUAUUUAUUUGCCUCUGGAGGAAGAUUGGGUUGAAGAACCUAAAAAAUCUAUUUGGGAGACAGCUCAAGCAUACUUUUGUCAUGUAUAAAAUUUAUAUGAAAUAAAAUUUUUUGAAAAUAAG